AUGAAGCUCGUGCGAUUCUUACAGAAACUCUCCAACGAAAGCGUGACGAUCGAACUGAAGAACGGCACGACGGCGCACGGCACGAUCACGGGCGUGGACGUGAGCAUGAACACGCACCUGAAGCAGGUGAAGCUGACGCUCAAGGGGAAAAACCCGACCAACGUGGAACAUCUGAGCGUGCGCGGGAACACGAUUCGGUACUACAUCCUUCCGGAUUCGCUCAACCUCGACACGUUGUUGGUGGACGACACGCCCAAGCAAGGGAAGCCUCGGGCGAAGGCGGCGGCGGCGGCGGGGCGCGGGAGAGGCCGCGGAAGAGGUCGCGGGCGCGCGCGAUGA